AUCAUGUGCUCAACCAUCACAGGAGGAAGUGUGGCUCGCUCUGCUUUCCUCUCCCUCCCACAUCUGCCCACCCGUCUGCUCUUUCACUCCCUCCCUCGACUGAGCGGAGAGCUGCAGACCUUCUAGACAUCCUCCUCCAGGGCCGGCAGGUGAUCCAUGGAGGCAUCCGUACAGGAGAGGAACGAUUCUCUGCCGCCUCUGCCCACCCUCAGCCCGGCCGUGCCACCUUACGUCAAGCUGGGUCUGACGGUGGCGUACACCGGCUUCUACUCGCUGCUCUUUGCUUUCGUGUACGCUCAGCUCUGGCUGGUGCUGAGAUACGGACACAAGCGCUUCAGUUAUCAGACGGUGUUUCUGUUCUUGUGUCUGCUGUGGGCAGCGCUGCGUGUCCUCCUCUUCUCCUUUUAUUUCAGAGACUGUGUGACGGCUAACACGCUGGGUCCCGUCUCCUUCUGGCUGCUCUACUGCUUCCCGGUGUGUCUUCAGUUCUUCACACUGAGUCUCAUGAAUCUUUACUUCGCACAGGUGAUUUUUAAAGCAAAGUCGAAAUACUCACCAGAACUUCAGAAGUACAGGUGUCCUCUGUACCUGCUCUCACUGUCCAUCAGUCUGAUCUUCUUACUGGUGAACUUGACGUGUGCACUGCUGGUGAAGAUGACACAGACAGACCGAGAGAUCAUCGUUCUGGUGCGUGUGGCCAUCAAUGACUCGCUCUUCGUCCUCUGUGCCAUCACACUGUCACUGUCUCUCUACAAGAUCGCCAAGAUGUCUCUGGCUAACAUCUACCUGGAGUCCAAGGGAACAUCUGUGUGUCAGGUGACUGUGAUCGGAGCGACUGUGAUUCUGCUGUACGCGUCUCGCGCGUGUUAUAAUCUAGUGGUGCUCGCGCUGGCCAACGUUCAAAGCAUCAACUCAUUUGACUAUGACUGGUACAACGUGUCCGAUCAGGCCGAUCUGAGGUUGACGUUGGGCGACGCUGGAUAUGUGGUGUUUGGGGUGGUCCUGUUUGUCUGGGAGCUGUUGCCCACCUCUCUGGUGGUCUUCUUUUUCAGAGUGCGUAAGCCGGCUCAGGACAGGAAUGGAUCCGUAAUCCAUGGACGCAUGUUCUCAUCCAGAGCGUAUUUCUUUGACAACCCGCGGCGUUACGACAGCGAUGAUGAUCUGGCGUGGAGUAUAAUACCACAAAACAUGCAAAACAGUUUUAUGUCUGAUGGUUAUGAGUGGGGCAGUCAAAGCAGCAGGUUCCCCACUGACACUGAGAGCGCCUCUCAUGUAGAAGCAGAGGAUUAACAUCCAUCCUGAAGCAUUCCCAAUGAAUAAUCUGCUUAUUUUGCACAAACCCACACUGUGAUGGGUAAUUGUAUGUACUAUGAACGUCAGCAAUAUUUCUGAAGAUAUCUCAAGAGAACACAAAAUUAGAGGUCUGGACCUAAAAAUACAUUUUUCAGAAUUACAAACAUUUUGAUGUAAGAUUUUAAUACCCAUACUUUUAUGAGGUCACAUAGACAUCAAUGGGAUAGUUCACACAAAAAUGAAAAGUGAUUCAUCAUUUAUUCAUUGUCAUGCUAUUUCAAAUGUUUGUAGAUUUCUUUCUUCUUCAAAACACAAAAGAAGAUAUUUUGAAGAAUGUUAAUAAACACUGAACUCCAGUGACUUCCAUCGUAUGAACACAAAACCACAGAGACAUUUCUCAAAAUAUCUUCUGUUCUGUUUCACUGAAGAAAGACAUACGAUGACUUCUGUAUCCGUACCGCUCUUCACAGACCUACAAAGCUAGAAUCAUUCUGAACAAACACUUUGACCGGAUGUCUUAAGAUACAGUACAUGAAUUAGAAUGUGAAUUAUUGUCAGAUAAUAAUACUAACAUGACACUCUGUGAAACUUUGGUUUUAUUCUGUUUGAGAAAUUAACUAAAUUUUAAUUUGGUCAAAACUGUGAACACGUGAUAUUCACACAAAACUUUCUGUAUCUUUGAGAGGUUGAGGUUUCUCCAGACUGAUGCAAUAUAAUGCAUUGAUGGAAAUAAGUUUUUAAGACAAUAUAAUGGAUUGUUGUCCAUUAUUUUGAUAAGUACAUUUGUAUUGUUUGUCUGUACAGUUUGUGUCUCUUUUAAGCCUUUGCCCUCGUGUGGUAAACGUCACUUUGUUUCUACAUUAAUAAAAAAAUCUCUUGGAAUCACAACAUAUUUAUUGAGAUGAAUUGAACUUGUCCAAGUGAUUGAAUGAAACCUUUGGUCAAGUGACCCAGACAGCAGUUUUGAAUAGAUUUAUCAUAUUACCUUCUUUUGUUCUUCUUUUUUCAGGAAUAAUCAUGAUGAAAUAAAUAAGAUUUUUAUGACCAAUUCUAUUAGAAAUUUUCAGUAAGAUUUUAUAGUUGUUAUUGGUAAAGUGUACCAAUUGUUAUUGUGAUUUUAUAAGAAUAUGUAGAAUAAAGAAUGGCAAUAAUG